AUGGCCAGUGACUCCAGAACCCACUUGACAGACGGCACCCUUUUGCAACUAUGGAACUUUCUUGACGCUCGAGGCCUGGAUCUUGACAUGGGUGGAGAUCAAGAUCCAAGGCAGGGGUCAGCUCGCAAUGGCUCUACUGGCGGAACGGUCAGUACCUCCGUCAGCAAUAAGGGAUCCUCGGCAGAUAAAUUGGGUACCACCUUUAUACCCGUGUCUGUCUUUGUCGGCGUUUGCUUGCUCGUAUUUAUCGUCCUGCGCCGCUGCUGCAAGAGAGUCUACGCACCGAGAACGAUUGCAGAGCUACGGACACCAGAUCCACCGAGCCCUUCUUUGCCAGGGGGGUGGAUUGACUGGAUAGCACCAUUUUUCAAGACACCAGAUACCUGGGUGCUGAAUCAUGGAUCCCUCGACGGCUUUUUCUUCCUCCGGUUUUUGAAGGUCGUUCGCAACAUCUGCCUCGGAGGAUGCAUUAUAACGUUCCCCGUGCUGCUUCCUGUCCAUGCGACAGGAGGGAUGGGACUUGCAGGUCUCGACAUGCUAACAAUCGGAAACGUGAAAGAUCCCCAAAAGUUACUCGCCCACGUCUUUGUGGCAUGGGCCUUUUUUGGGUUUGCUCUCUACACGAUUGUUAGAGAGUGCAUCUAUUAUGUCAAUCUUCGCCAAGCAUACCUUUCCUCGCCAUAUUAUGCAGACCGAAUAUCUUCGCGCACCAUCAUGCUCACGUGUGUUCCCAGGGAGUAUCAAGAUGAGCGCCGACUUCGUAAGCUGUACGGCGACGCUGUUAAACGAGUAUUCAUCCCGCGAACCUCCAAAGCACUCGCUAAACUGGUCAAGGAGCGUGAGCAGACGGCAGAAAGAUUGGAAAAGGCCGAAAUUACGCUUAUCAAGACGGCGAAUCAGGCCAGGCAGAAGCGAGUGGCUCAACCACCGGAAUCGGUCAACAAAUCCAGCCCAGCAUCUUCUGUCAUGGAGUCGACCAGACCAAAGCAGGAUUUGGCAAAGUUUGCAAGCGUCAAGACGGUGACUGAAAUUUGUACUAAAAGAAGCCCGGAAGUUUCGGACUCGGUUUUAUACUUGGGGACAUUGGGCGACAAAAUUUGCAAGGAUGCUGGCCGGGACAAGGACGAAAAACUCAACCCACAGACUCGCGGUUCCAAUGUAGAUGACGAAGAAGAAGAAUAUACCCACCCUUACGGGCUUUCAGAGAACCUCCCCGACGUCAGAGGAUCUGUUGCAGCCCAGUGGAUUCCCGUCGAAAAAAGACCCUACCACCGCCCAAUGGGGAACUUCUUCCGUCGACAGGACACCAUCCGAUGGACACGGCUUCGACUGCGCCAACUCAAUGUUCAGAUCCACAAGAUGAGGAAGCAAAUCCGACGUGACGAGGGCGCCACGUUGCCAACCGUAUUUGUUGAAUUUUACACUCAAGAAGCAGCCCAGGCAGCUCACCAAGUGCUCUCUCACCACCGACCGCUUCAAAUGUCAAAUCGUCUUUUGGGCGUGAGACCAGAUGAGGUCAUUUGGUCAUGUCUGCGGAUGACAUGGUGGGAACUCAUCAUCCGACGAUUCACUGUCCUGGCAAUCGUAACAAUGGCAGUCAUCUUCUGGGCGAUCCCCUCGGCUUUUAUCGGAACAAUCAGCAACAUUGACAGUCUGAUUGAAAGAUUUGCAUUUCUCAGCUUCCUCCACAAACUGCCGACUGUUAUUCUCAAUUUCAUACAGAGCUUCCUACCUCCAGUUGCUUUGACCAUGUUGAUGGCCAUUGUGCCGUGGCUGCUGCGAUUCUGUGGCAGAAUGUCCGGCAUCCCGACUACGACUAGCGUCGAACUUUUUGUGCAAAACAUAUAUUUCGCGUUUCAAGUUGUGCAGGUCUUCCUCGUUACGACCAUCACAUCGGCUGCGUCAUCUGCCUUGGGAAAGAUCUUGUCUAACCCGCUCGGGGCGAAAGAUCUUUUGGCCACAAACCUCCCUAAAGCGUCCAACUUUUACCUUUCCUAUAUUCUGAUUCAGUGUUUGAUGAGUGGCGGUGUCCGAUUAAUUCAGCCGUUUGGGUUAGUUCGUCACUACAUUAUUGCGAGAUUGAGUGCUAUACCACGGACAAGGUAUAAACGGUGGGCCUCUUUAGAGCCGGUGCAUUGGGGGGGCAUCUAUCCAGUUUUUACGAAUAUGGGAGUUAUUGCGCUCAGUUAUGCUUUCAUUGCACCUCUUGUUCUCCUCUUCGCGGCGGGCGGCAUUUUUUGCACGCAAAUUGUCUGGAAAUACAACCUCCUCUACGUCAUUGACUCGGAUAUGGAUACAAAGGGACUAUUUUAUCCGCGGGCUCUCAUUCAUCUUACCAUUGGCUUAUACCUCGCGGAGGUUUGCCUGAUAGGCCUCUUUGCGCUAAAGCUCGCUUUUGCACCUCUUGCACUCAUGGUAAUCUUCUUUGUUUUCACCGGCCUGGUGCACUUUUCGCUCAGCGACGCCAUUGCACCUCUUUUGCUCAAUCUGCCUCAGACACUACCCUUGGAAGGCGAAAUCCAGGAAGAGGAAAGAGCCAAGGCACUUCGAGAAAAAGAGCUGGCCUCCGCGCGGCUCGAACAAGCCGGCGACGCAGUGGGUGCCGCAAACGACUACUACGAUACCGAGCAAGUUUUUGGCGACGAAGAGUCAUUCGCCCAGUCAGACGACGAGGACGAAGACGAGGAGGAAGAGGGCCAUUCGGGUGAUGAGCACGAAAUCACAGGGACUCGAGCCGUCGAAGGCGCCGCCAGCAUUGGGGCCACCCUUAAGGACUGGCUCAAGAACAGGUCCCGAUCCAAAAUCAACAAGGAGAUUAGCAAAUCCGGCAUAAUCGAGUUCCUGGACAAACUUGGGCUUUGGAAGCUCGACAAGAACGCGAGUGGCGAACCCCCCGGUUUCUUGGCACGCUGGCUGCACCCAGAAGAGUACGAAGACUUCGUCGCGCUGCGCAACACCAUCCCCAGCGACCAGUUUCCGCCCGUCGAGUACCCUCCUGAAUUCAGGAAGCGCUGCUACUUGGCACCGGAAAUGUGGGCGCCGAAGCCGACGCUAUGGAUUCCCAGGGACGAGGCACGGGUGAGCAGGCAGGAGGUUACGCACACGAAAAUAUACACGCCGAUUUCGGAUAAGGGAGCCGACUUGGACGGUAAGGGUAGAGUGGUGGCCUACUUUGAUAAAGCCCCGAUGAGAAAGUCGCGAUUGCUGUUGUGA